AUGGCCCCAAGUGAAGCAGAACUCAACGCUGGAGUUGUAUUCGGCAUUGGCGCCUUGAACCACGAUGAGGUGCGAGCCAGACUGGACAUCGAUGUGAUGAUCGCCAAGCAGCCAGAUGUGUUCAAUCUGUUCCUUCUCGCCCUCAUGGAUCUGAAGGCAGAUACAUCAAAACUUGGCUACUUUUCUCUCGCCGGUGAUUCUUCAAUAGAAUCCAUGGACUUCCCACAGCUCUUUGGGAUGGCGUGGGAAAGACCUUCCCCGAAGGAACGGGAGGAUACUGUGCACACGGACGGCUUGUCUUCCCAACAUGGCACAGACCUUACUUGGCUCUUCUUGAGGUGCGAAUUGCUUGGGGCGUGUGUUAUGAGAACUUGGCGAAUCCUGAUAUUCGCGGAUGUUAUACAGCAAACCCUUUUUCGCAAAAUGAUGGCCGUCGUCAGGGAAUUCGAUAGGGCAUUUCAGUCCAAAUACCUCACCGCGGCGAGAGCGUUUCGACUCCCCUACUGGGACUACUUUCGGCCUCGCGACGUCGACGCAAAGUUCCCGGGCAUCAAGCUAGAAGGAAACCGUACGAGGCACGACUACGACUUCCGCAUGCCGGACAUCCUCAACGUGAGGGAGGUGAUGGUCCGAGUGCCCCCUUACGACAAGUUGACGGUUCAGAGCAAUCCGCUCUACAACUUCAAGUUCACCGACAGACAGAACCUGGACAAGGACUUGGCCAGAGCGAGACUGACGAAUUACAACCCUAAUCGCACCGUUCGAUACCCCAGGAGCAAGGACUCCAAGUACCACGACGUGCAGCAACUGAGCGACGCUCUCAAUAGCGGUCGUGAGGGCAGGGCGUCCAUGAUGCUCGAUAUCCUAGAUCCAGGUUCCACUCGGUACCCGCGACUCGGGGAUGUGGCCUCCGACUCGGUCUUGCGUGAAGGGGACUUGACACAGACAGGACUUUCAAAGGGGACUGCCGGCAUAUUGCCCAGAGACGGGAAUGGCAGGCCCGCGAGCUAUGGCUCGAUUGAAGCUCUGCAUGGCAAUUAUCACACCCUGAUGGGCGGGCCCAAUGGCCACAUGUCGAGCCCGUCCGUUGCAGCCUUCGAUCCGGUCUUCUGGCUUCAUCACUGCAACGUUGACCGAAUCUUCGCCAUCUGGCAGGCUCUCCACCCCAAAGCCUGGUUCCCGCCACCGGGCAAGGACGCACGAGGCCGGCGCCUGAAGCCGGAAAAUGAGAAGGACUUGCUACCCUUCUACAAGUUCAUAUGCGAUCUGGGCCCCAUCUACUACGACUCCGACUGGGCUCGAGAUAUCGAGAGCUUUGGCUACACGUAUCCCGACCUGGACCGCGUCAGCGACCCCAAAGUCAUCUGGAGCAGGGUGUACCGCAGGUAUAUCUGGAGCAUCCGCAGUGCUUCCAGCCGCCGCUUCUCCACGCCGCCUUCGGACAUGAUGCCACUGAACCUCAACCGCGCCCAAGUCUUUCGGUACCCUGCUGCCAAUUCAAAAACCUCGACCGCAGAGCCUCCCUACUCUGUGACGACUCGGAUCGUUUUCAAGCGAGUCACGUCGUCCGGUCCGGACACUCUGACGACAGAGCAACUCGCAGCGCAGGAUCGAGGGUAUGUGCCGGCUCCUGACAAUGACGUCGAUCCGUCCUUCGAUCGUGAGUGGUACAUUGACAACGUCGUGAAAAGAAACGCUCUGAACGGUCCCUUCACAAUCUACUUCUUCCUCUGCCCCAAGUCGCGAUUCCCCGACGACCCGGCCGAGUACGUGGCCAGCCCUUACCUGGCCGGCAUCAACCACAUCUUCGCCGCCCCACGCGAAGUCUGCGACAACUGCGGCCAACAAGACGCCGCUGGGGUUUUGGCCUCCGACACCGUCCCGAUCACGCCGCUGCUCCUCGAUUAUGUUGGAGUCGGGACGCUGGAGAGCAUGCGGGCCGAGCAUGUCCGGCCCUUUUUGGUGAAAUACCUCCGCUGGAGAGUUGUAUAUGCCGGCAUAUCGAGGGCGGACCCGAGGCAGAUGCCUAACUUCGAGGUCUCGGUCAGUGCGAAGAUUCUUUACGAUGACGGAUCGGCGACAUACGAGGCGUAUCCGGAUGUUGUCGACGACAUCAUCUACAAUGCCUCGUGA